AUGGCCUCGCUCACCGCUAGCGCCCCUGCCACUGCGCGAAAAUUCCUGUCGAACUUUUCUGAGAACUCCAGACUGCACACAAGCUUCACUCCAGUCCCAAAAAUGGCCGCUUCAACUACGGUCCCCACAAAGAGCGACAUCCUCGUCCCGGAGACGCUCUUGAAGAAGAGGAAGUCUCAAGAAAAAGCCCGUGAAGAGCGAGCUAUCGCAACCAAAGAGAAGCGAGACAAGAGCAAGAAAAAGCGGGAAGUCAUCUUCACACGUGCUGAGAAGUACGUGAAGGAGUACCGUGACGCCGAGCGGGAGAAGGUCAGGCUAUCUCGCGAUGCCAAGCAGAACGAUGCCUUGUACGUCCCGGAAGAGCCCAAGUUGGCCUUUGUGGUGCGGAUCAAGGGUAUCAACAAGAUCGACCCCAAGAAGCGAAAGACCCUGCAGCUUCUGCGUCUCCUUCAAAUCAACAAUGGUGUCUUCAUCAAGUUGACCAAGGCCACUAUGGAGAUGCUCAAGAUUGUCGAGCCCUUCGUUGCAUACGGCUACCCCAACCAGAAGUCUGUUCGGGAACUCAUCUACAAGCGAGGCUACGGCAAGGUCGAUAAACAACGCAUUCCUCUCACGGACAACGAGCUGAUCGAGGAACAACUCGGAAAAUACGGCAUCAUCUGCAUGGAAGAUUUAAUCCACGAGAUUUACUCUGUCGGACCAAAUUUCAAACAGGCUUCCAACUUCCUGUGGCCAUUCAAACUCAACAACCCUAACGGCGGCUUCCGUAAAAGGAAGUUCAAGCACUUUGUCGAGGGUGGUGAUCUAGGCAACCGAGAGGACAACAUCAACGCGCUGAUUCGCCAAAUGAAUUAG